AUGGCCGCAAUUGCGAUACCUACGUACACGACCGCGAUUGUGAACGGCGCGACGGCGACCGAGGACGUCACCAAGAAUGAUGUAGGAAAGGAGGACGGCUACGCGAGCGCGCGUGCGCCGACAGACCUCGUCUCGUGCAUGAUCGACCAGUGGCGCAAGCUUCAGGAUUACAGGGCAGGCAGGUCCGUCGUCGCGGACGGCCAAUCGCUUUCGAUUGCAGCUGUUGUCGCCUCAGCACGUUAUAGCGCCAGUGUGGACCUGGAUAAGUCACCCGAAGCCCGCGCGCGCGUCGAGAAAAGUCGUAAAGUAAUCGUAGACGCUGUUGUCGCCGCACGUAGCAUCUAUGGCGUGACUACCGGCGUUGGUGGUAGUGCUGACACUCGAACGGACAAUACUCUCGCACUGGGACAGGCUCUUCUUCAGCACCACCACACUGGUAUUCUUAGCCUAGCCUCACGCGAUGACGACGUACUUCCAUUGGGCGACCCACUGUCAACAACCGCAAUGCCCGAGGCAUGGGUUCGUGGGGCUAUUCUGGUUCGUAUCAACUCUCUCGUACGCGGCCACUCGGCGGUGCGGUGGGAGCUUCUCGAGUCUAUGACGGCGCUUCUUCGUGAGAAUAUCAUACCGCUCGUACCCCUUCGUGGCAGCAUCUCCGCCUCUGGUGACUUGACUCCUCUGUCAUACAUCGCGGGCACAAUCACGGGCAAUCCAUCCAUUCGCGUACAUGCAGGAUCCCGAGCUUCGCACGAACGUACCCUGCGGCGCGCACCAGACGCGCUGGCGGAAGCCGGGCUUGUGCCGCUCCCACUGCUUUCAAAGGAGCCCUUGAGUAUCAUGAACGGGACGGCGUUCAGCGCUGCUCUGGGCGCUCUGGUCGCAUAUGAUGCUGCGCACCUGGCGCUACUCGCGCAGGUGCUUACCGCCCUCGGAACGGAGGCGCUUCUCGGCGUGCGCGCCAAUUACGCGCCCUUCAUCCACGAAGUUGCGCGCCCGCACGUUGGACAGAUCGAGGCGGCGCGCACUAUCUGGGACCUACUCGAAGACAGCCCACUCGCUUUCGCUCACGAGAAGGACGUAUCGAUUGACGAAGACCGUGGCGAGCUUCGCCAAGACCGGUACCCCCUACGUACUGCACCUCAGUUCCUUGGCCCACAGCUUGAGGACAUCAACGCGGCGCUCAACGCACUGACAGUCGAGUGCAAUAGCACGACCGAUAAUCCUCUUUUCGACGGAGAGACGGGCGAAGCUCACCACGGCGGCAAUUUUCAAGCGAUGGCGGUCACUAGCGCAAUGGAGAAGACGCGCCUCGCGCUCGCAGCCAUCGGCAAACUUCUGUUCGCACAGAGCACGGAGCUCGUCAACCCUGCCAUGAAUCGUGGCUUGCCGCCAUCUCUCGCUGCCAGCGACCCGAGCUUGAACUACCACGCUAAAGGACUCGACAUCGCCACCGCAGCAUACGCCGCCGAGCUUGGCUAUCUUGCCAGCCCUGUCAGCACACACAUCCAAAGCGCCGAGAUGCACAAUCAAGCUGUCAACUCUUUGGCGCUCAUCUCUGCACGAGCGACGCUUACAUCCACCGAGAUCUUGGGCAUGCUCAGCGCCACGUAUCUCUAUCUACUCUGUCAGGCUAUAGACCUCCGUGCGCUUCAGGCCGACUUCAACGCGGGAGUGCAGCAGAUCGUCCGCGAACUUCUCGCUACAUCCUUCGCAGCGUAUGGCGAUACGGACGUUCUACUCCUUCCGCGUGUGCUUCCCGCUAUACGAGCUGCACUCGAUACGACAGGCACCAUGGACGCGGUGGAGCGUAUGGUAGCCGUUGCAGCAGCGACUGCGCCCGUGUUGAUUGACGCAUUGGCCAACAGCGGCUGCCCACUUGACGCCAUCGUGGGUUUCCGCGCGGCGUUCGCAUCGCGCUCUGCGACACUCUUUCAGUCCCUGCGUGGCGAGUACCUCCAAGGCAAACGCGGAAGAACACCGGGCGCACACCUUCUCAAUCGCACGCGGUCGCUGUACGAGUACGUGCGGGAAGAACUCGGCGUGCGUAUGCACGGCGUCGAGAACUUUGAGCUCUUCUCGAAUGGCUUGGGCACGGACGUACCAAGCAUCGGGCACAACGUCACGAAGAUCUACGAGGCGAUCCGGGACGGGAAGAUGCAAGCGGUCGUGGUUGGGUUAUUGGCUUGA